GAAUGAUUAUAAAGUGUGAAAAUAGAGUUAAGCUUUUUCACUUUCCUUGACAUGAAUAUCCCUUAGUCAUCUUUUCAAGUCCGAAUGAUGAUGAUCCCCGCAAUUUCUAAUGAUUUAUAAAUCUUUCUUUUUUCCUUUUUUUAAAAAAGAGUAUUUGACACAUAUACACACAAACAGCAUGGUUGAUAGUCAAACAAAAGCAUUAAUACCUGAAUUCGAUCCUGUUGAAGAGGCUAUCAAAGACUUUGCCAACAAUAAGUUUGUUAUUGUUAUGGAUAAUGAAGAUAGAGAGAACGAAGGAGAUUUGAUUAUUGCUGCUCAAAAUAUUACUACAGAACAAAUGGCCUUUUUAAUACGUCAUUCGAGUGGUUAUAUAUGUGUCCCAACAACAGGUGAACGUCUAGAUGAACUUGAAUUACCCUUGAUGGUCGAAAAGAAUACUGAACUGAUGAGAACUGCUUAUACAAUCUCUUGUGAUUAUGCUCAUGGAACAACAACAGGUAUCUCUGCCCAUGAUAGAGCCUUGACAGCACGCAAAUUAGCGGAUCCAUCAAGUAAACCCGAAGAUUUUAUGCGUCCUGGACAUAUACUUCCACUUCGCUCAGUCCCUGGUGGUACAUUUCAACGAUUUGGACAUACAGAAGCUGCAGUGGAUCUUUGUAAACUAGCAGGAAUCUAUCCUGUAGCAUGUAUUGGAGAGAUUGUGAAUGAUGACGCACAAGGAACUAUGGCAAGAAGAGAUGACUGUUUUGCAUUUGCUAAAAAGCACAACAUCAAGAUGAUUACUAUCAAGGAUAUCAUCGCUUAUAGAAGACAACAAGAAGGCGUGUAAUUUGUGCAUAUGUAUAUAAAAAGCUUUUCACGUGGGUUUUGUAAAUCAUCUGUUUUUUUUUUGUAUGUGACUCAGUUUGUUUUCUUGGUGAGAUGAGAUGACACAAAGUGUAGAAUGAAUUAGGGUUAAAAUAUGCAUACUUUAUAUAGAUUUGAUUCUUU